AUGUCGAGCAAGUCUUGGUAUGCCCUCAAGUCCAAGGCCGUACACACGCGGUAUGGCUUGACCAAGAACAUUCAAGUCCUCCUUCAGGGCUUGGAAAGCUUUCACGCCGGCGUCAUCGACGCAAGAGAGCUGGGAAGUAUGGUCCGGCUGAGUCCUCGCCGUCGAGAAUCAGUUGCUGCAACGAUAGCCAAGUGCGCGCGCAUGAUCAACAAGGAUCCCCAAGAGUCCAAGACCUGUGUCGACAUCAUUGAGAUGUGCACCGAGAUCCUCGAAAUUGCCGACCGACCACCGCCCAUCGAGGGUUUUCCUUUCAUGAGACUGCCUGCCGAGAUCCGAGAGUAUAUUGUCGACUUGAUGGUUGAUACUGUCUUCAAAUCCAAGGGUAUCAAACCCAGUUCACGAAAAGUGAGCUGUAACUGUCCACAGCUGGAACGCGAAUUCGGGUCUUUCCACACUCCUCAGAUGAAGGCUUUGCCAUCUAUCCUGGGUCCAGCACUCAACCACGAAUUCUUUCGCAUCUUCUUUCGUAAGAAAGCUGUCCGUUUCCGCUGCUGCUGCGAACUUUUGUAUCACCUUGAUAGCAACCCACUGCUUGUGCAGAACGUCCGUGACAUCAAGGUUCACUGGUGCGGACCCAAGUCGGCAAAAACCUUCAAGAAGCUUGCAGAAUGUGAUAAGCUUGAGGGUUUGACCAUCAGUAUCUCGAAAUCAACACUCGCCCACCUCAGUCCGCGAACUGAUCUGAUGAAGCAAUUCUUCCCGCUCUCUUAUCGCCAUGUCAGGAUAACGGACAUUCUGGGAUUGGACGAGAUUUUGACCAUUCGGGGCCUCAAGGAGGUGUCGGUUGCCCACCUGCAAACGAGGAGCACCAAUCUCACUGCUGAGACCGACAGAGCGAAUCUCUCAGAGUUGCUUGCUCAUCAACUCAAGAAAGAUAAGGGUUACGACCCCCUUGACGAAUUCUAG